AUGACAAUUAUUGGAAUUAAAAAGCAAGCGCCUAUAUGCUUUGUAACAAAACUCAUCGAACAGCAAUUUUCGAUUCAGUGGGACACGGACAGUGUAAACGGGGUAAAGGAACCUGAGGAUUUUAACUUCUAUACGUUUUGCGAUGUUCAGAAGCUAAAGAAAGCAAGAAAUGGUAACGACGAACAGAUGGGCGGCAAAACUAAACAUCUAAAGUACGAUCCGCGCAGGGCACACGUUAUGGUGAAGUUGUACAGAUAUUGCAGAGCAAACACGAUAAUGGAGUACAGUGUAAAAGGAUUAUGUCCGUAUGUCUAUAUCCGAACACGCAGAGGUUGGAAUGAAUGGAAUCCUUUGGGUGGUACUAAUACCUUCAAAUCAGCAGAACAUUCGCAUUUUAGUUGGAUGAAUAACCAUAUUUAUGAUUACAUAUCUUCACAUGCUAUUAAAAUAAAGGAGAAUGGCAUUGAGAAAGCUCUCAAGAAACACACGCUUUAUUGGGCUGUUGUUCAAGACGGAGAUUUUCUGCCCGGUACCCAUUUGCAGCUAAACGUCAUUGGCAAAACCCAAGUGUAUGUGGGCAAGGCCAACAAUGGUAUCAACGGAAGAUGGCUUGCAGACGCCAACAGUCAUUGUAAAAUGAUGAAGAUUUGUCUGGGAAAUGUACAAGAAAUGACCACGUAUGAACCUUUACGAGUUCAUGGCAUUCAAUUGGUUGACGCUAGGAUUCUGUUGGCGAAACUGAGAGGGGAGCAGUGUGCUUUGUUUGUAAUGAAUACGUAUAAUAAAGAUGCGGCAAGUGUCCUUGAAGAGGAUGAGAAAGCUCACAUUAAAGGCGAAUUGCCAGGAAAUGGGGACGAAAAUGUAGAACUCUUGACACAAUGUCCAGACUGGAAGCCUAAAUACAUGGCAUAUGGAAUGAACGGCCGAAGUUAA